AUCGCUGUAAGAUGAUUAUUGUUUCUUUCCAAUAUUUCAGUCAUGUUUUUGUUUGAUAAUCCUACGGUGAAAAAAAGUCUUUUGUGUAUUUGUCGACAACUGCUACUGCCUUCGUUUUGUUUAUUCUGUGUAUUCCAAUCUAAUCAAUAAGAUGCUGACAACUUUUUGAUUUACACGAAAGUCUUCUUGCUGUAUCCAAAAAGCCUAUGCGUUAGGCUAUUUAUACUGAAAAUUAUUGACUAUAUCUGAUUUAUAACUGUUGAAGAUGUCUCCCAAUAAACCUGAGGUGUCUGAGACAACAACAGUUUCUUUCAUUGAACAUGAAUCAACUAGAAGCUUUAGAAAUCUCGGCGAACCUGUUUAUGUGAAUGUAUAUCAUUUACAUUGGCCUAAUGGUUUAAAAAUGGGUGCAUAUCACACAGGGACUGUUGUUUAUGAUAGAGAAUUUGGUUUUGGUGGACACCCAUUUGCCAGUAGUGGUAUUUUCCAAACCACACCAAUGGAUAUUGACAAUUUAGGUGAAGAAAUCUCAUUCAAAGAAAGAUUAUUUAUGGGUCGUACUUACCUAUCGAAGAAAGCAGUUGAACGACUGCUUGCAAGUUUAUCUGAUGAAUUCCGUGGUGAUGCCUAUCAUCUAUUGCAUUUCAACUGCAAUCACUUCACGUCACAGUUUGUUGAUCUUCUCUGUCAUGGUACUCUACCUAAAUGGGUCAACCGGUUAGCUCGUAUUGUAUCUGGACUACCAUUUAUCGAAUCUUUCCUGCCGCCACAUUGGGUUCGACCAAGCCUAAUGUAUGACUCUGAGUUCGAUGAUUUGAGUAAUGACGAUGAAGAGGAACAAGAAAUAAGUCAUACAGGUAAUCAAAACCCACAGGUGGUGAAUAAUACUAUCAUGACUACUACUACUACCAGUAGUAGUAUUGAUCACCAUAAAGAAGAUGAAGAUACCCUGUGUUCUGAUAUCUGUUUGAUGAAGACAUUUACAGAAAAGCCAUAUUUUCAAUUUGUCAAUUCUGCAUCCGCAGGAAAUGGUCAUAUUCCAUAUCACAGUAAUAAUAGUCAUGCCGAUAAACAACAUUCUGUCGACCAUUCAAACAGUCAUCUUAAUGCUUCAUUACGUAACAUAAGAAUGGUAUAGACAUACAGUAAGAGAGUGUGUAUAAAUCAAAAAUAUUUCCUUUUCAUCGCUUCAAACAACAGAAACUGACACUGUCUUUCUGCUUACUUUUGACCAAUUUCUUGAAACGAGUUCUGUUACAACGUGUAUGUAUUAUGCUUCUAGUACUAAUUUAUACUAUGUGGAAUGAGGGAUUAGAUACAUUUUGUACAUUCCAAUCCAUUUUCCGCUUUUAUGAGCAAUUCUUAUUUUCAGUCGACAAAACUUUACUCUGUGUAUGUACAAUAAUUAUGCAUCGUUGAGUCACAUCGUACUUUCUAUUUGUUAUCUGAUAGUAUCGAAGACUUCGCAUAUCACAUGAUUGGUGUUUGGAACAGCUAACUAAUAAUCUUUUAUUCAGGUGUAAAUUUGUCUGUAUGUUUAUUGAUUAUGUCGAUUAUUUUGAUAAAUAUUUUUACUUCAUCAUCUAAAUAACUUUCCGAGCCUAAUUUCAUUUUAUGUUAUGUAUGUCUUCCUUCUGUUUUAUAAAUUGUCCAGUUGAUUUUUCAUUGUUGAAAACCGCAACAAAAUGUUAGACAUAAUUUAUUAUGUGGGAUUUACAUGUAUUCUUGUUCCUUUCUCAAUUUAUAACCAGGUGUCUUGGUUGUAAUGUAUUUUCUGAACCGGGUUGUUUAAUCGUGGAGCCUUCAUUAUGAAGUUAGUGCUGAUGAUGUUGUGUACAACCAAGACCAUCCACCUGAGCUACAAAUAUUCUCCACCAUUUUAUAACCGGGUGUUUUUCACAGGUUGAUUUAUGGGUACAUGUAAUCUAUAAUUGCUUGUGUUUCAGGUGUUUUGAGAUGCAAGCAUGCUCAAUAGCUUGGAGUUGGCUGUUGAAAAUGUCAUUGGUUCCGAGGAAGCAAUUGAUGUUCGAGAAAGUUCAUCCUGCCGUGUAACCAAUAAAUAUACAUUAGUCACAGUCC